UGCAGAUAUGGUACGCACAUGCAUUUGUACGUCCGCAGUAUGGUCUCCCCUGUAUUUGAAUUGCUGAAAAUCUACGAAAAAGAGGGCUAUUUGACAAUCCAACCAUGGCUUCGAGUCACUUUACUUACAAUUGAUGAAAGGCAAUUCAAUCCAAACAUUAAUAUUGAAUUUCGAAAUCAAGCUGCAGCUCAAACCGAUUGUUUACUCCAGUAUAAGGUGAGUGUUACUAUAUUAAUGUUAUUCUCAGAGCGCAGGGCAAGUUGGAGCCUGCUUGGUAGGAGGUUUUACUACCCCUUUAGCCACAUGAAGUUAACUCGAAGUGAAGAGUCUUUUUGUAGAAGCCAGCAGCACUUUUCGAAAUCUUACAGUUGA